GUGAUGGGCGGCCUGGACGGCUCUAACCCCGUGCGCUCGGUGGAAAGGUAUGACCCCAGGACGAACCAGUGGGAGACCGCGCCGGAGAUGUUCAAGCCACGGUACGCGUGCGCGGUGGCCGUGCAGGAGGGGCAGAUCAUCGUCUUCGGGGGCGAGCUGACGCCAGGACCUGCCACGAUGGAGCGCUACGACCCCGGGGCGCGCCGCUGGGAGCUGCUGCCCGCGGCGCGCUCGGCGAGCGGGCGAGCGCCAGGAGCCGGCUCGGCAGUGGCGCUGGACUCGGCGGGGCGCUUCGCCUACUGCCUGGGGGGGCUGGGCCUCAGCGGCCAGGCGCUCAACGUGGCCGAGGGCCUGGCGUUGGAGCCGCUGCUGGCCGCGCCCGCCGAGGAAGAGGCGGUCCCCGCGGCGCCGGACUGGAGCGCCCUGCCGCCGAUGCCCACGUCGCGCCACCUGGCGUCGGUGGCCGCCUUCCGCGGAGGGGCCGUGGCCGUAGGCGGGAAGGGCGCGGACUUCGAGGCGUCAGCCGACGUGGACUUUUACGACCCCGACGCGGGCCGCUGGCAGGCGCUGCCCGCGCUCCCCAGCCCGCGCCUGCGUGCGGCCGCGGCCAGCGGCCACCUCUGA